CUACCCCCUACCCUCAUUGGCCUGAAGACAUUGUACCCAGAGUUUGCCUUACUCCCCUGGUGCUAUGUGUAUGGUAAACCUGGUACUAUGGCCGCAUCUCGGACUGGCCAGACAACUGCUGCUGGUUCUCCCUAUUCCAAGAAGGAUUUAAAGGGGAAUUGCACUGCAGGCAAUGCACCAGAGCAGCAGCAUCGGGAGCUUGGGGACUAAGGCUCCUCGGGCAUUAUUACAGACACACAGAGCUGACCGCAAUGACAGCAGCUGCUCCUUUGAACUGUUGGCAGCAGCCAAGCGGCAGCAUGAAGUGAGAGAUCACUCCCGAGCUCAAGAUGAACUCUACCUUGGAUGGUAAUCAGAGCAGCCACCCUUUUUGCCUCUUGGCAUUUGGCUAUUUGGAAACUGUCAAUUUUUGCCUUUUGGAAGUAUUGAUUAUUGUCUUUCUAACUGUGUUGAUUAUUUCUGGCAACAUUAUUGUGAUUUUUGUAUUUCACUGUGCACCUUUGUUGAACCACCAUACUACAAGUUAUUUUAUCCAGACUAUGGCAUAUGCUGACCUCUUGGUUGGAGUAAGCUGCCUGGUCCCUUCUUUAUCACUCCUCCACUACCCGCUUCCAGUAGAGGAGUCCUUGACUUGCCAGGUAUUUGGUUUUGUAGUAUCAGUUCUGAAGAGUGUCUCCAUGGCCUCUCUGGCCUGUAUCAGCAUCGAUAGAUAUAUUGCCAUCACUAAGCCUCUAACCUAUAAUACCCUGGUUACGCCCUGGAGACUGCGUCUGUGUAUUUUCCUGAUUUGGCUAUACUCCACCCUGGUCUUCCUGCCUUCCUUUUUCCACUGGGGCAAACCUGGAUAUCAUGGAGAUGUGUUUCAGUGGUGUGCGGAGUCCUGGCACACCGACCCCUACUUCACCCUGUUCAUCGUGAUGAUGUUAUAUGCCCCAGCAGCCCUCAUUGUGUGCUUCACCUAUUUCAACAUCUUCCGCAUCUGCCAACAGCACACAAAGGAAAUCAGCGAAAGGCAAGCCCGCUUCAGCAGCCAGAGUGGGGAGACUGGGGAGGUGCAGGCUUGUCCUGAUAAGCGCUAUGCUAUGGUCCUGUUCCGAAUUACUAGUGUAUUUUACAUCCUCUGGUUGCCAUACAUCAUCUACUUCUUACUGGAGAGCUCCACUGGCCACGGCAACCGCUUCGCAUCCUUCUUGACCACCUGGCUUGCUAUUAGUAAUAGUUUCUGCAACUGUGUCAUUUAUAGUCUUUCCAACAGUGUCUUCCAAAGGGGACUAAAGCGCCUCUCAGGGGCCAUGUGUACUUCUUGUGCAAGUCAGAUGAUAGCUAAGGACCCUUACACAGUUAGGAGCAAAGGCCCCCUUAAUGGGUUUCAUGUCUGAAGUGGUUCAGAUAUUGGGUCACUCGGUGUGUGUGUGUGUGUGUGUGUGUGUGUGUGUGUUUCCUUUUUAUCUUUUUGUAUUUCUAGUUCACUGGGAAAUAUGGGACAAAAUAGUUUGACUCUAAGCAAUAGUUAACAAAUGAUCCAUCCAAAAUACCUUUUAAGUUUGCAGAAAUGAUUUUUUUUAAUGCUUUUGAAUGAGAAGAAUCAGGACCAUGAAGAUAAAUUGCUCUUGGUUCCAAUUUCCAUAAUGUCAUGGAAAUGACUGUGUUUCUCAGACUUAAAAUGAAUAAAGCCAUAUCUAACACCUCUCUCCAGCUGGCAUGACUGAACCUGGGUGUGAAAAGCGUCAGCAUUUUUAAAAAUCAUUUUCUUGUUGCUUUUCUGGGUUCUUUCCAGCUGUUUGAGCUUCAUGUACAAUUGAUUUCUUUUAACAGGGAAUAUUAAAAUACAGUGAUGAAUUAACAGGGUUUUAAAUUUUUCUUUACAUCUGUCAAAGUGUAACUACCCUGCAGGUUUCCACACUGUCAUUCAGAAAGUCAAAUGUUUUAUGUCUUAUUCUCUUGAGAGAAUUCUCAAUACAGUGAAUAAUGUGAAAACUUAAACAUUAAUUUAAAAUUUGGGGGGACUUCCCUGGCAGUUCAGUGGUUAAGACUUCGCCUUCCAACGCAGGGGGUGUGGGUUCAGUCCCUGGUCGAGGAGCUAAGAUCCCACAUGUCUGGCUGCCAAAAAACCAAAAAACAUAAAAAAGAAGCAAUAUUGUAACAAAUUCAAUAAAGACUUUAAAAAAAAUGGUGCACAUCAAAAAAAAAAAUCUUAAAAAAUAAAUUUAAAAAAAUAAUAAAAUUUUUGCAUUGAACCAUGAAGCAAAAGUGCAGUCAAAUCAUAUAAUUUAUAGAAAAACUAAGCUGUAUUUUAUGCCAUGCUUCACUGAGACCUAAACAAAUAUGUCUACUGAAAGUGAUUGUGUUGUAGUAUUUUUGCCCAAGCCUUUGUGUGUGUAUUGAGAAUAUUUGAAUUGAGUUAGAUUUCUCUUUUACAGCAAAAUGCAUUUAAAUAAGCUGAAAAAUAAUUAAAUGAUAGGCU